UGUCUAAACCGGCUCUAAACCAUGUAAAAUAUUCUCCUCUCAACUGUCUACUCAGCUCUCAAAUGUGUAGCCAAAUUGCCAGUUAAUUUUCUCAACUUUGGAAUAAAUUUACCCAAAUUUACCCAAAUUUAACGAAAUUUAACGAAAUUUAACCAAAUUAAUCUUCCAAAAUUUUUAAACUACAAUUUUUAAACUUAACUCUUACUUUUCUCAAUAUUCCUGAAAUUUCCUGAAAUUUUGUGAAUAUUCUUGGAAAUUUGUGAAUAUUUGUGAGUAUUAUUGGAAAUUUGACGAAAUUAUCUUAUGGUAAUGUCAACUGAUUUAUACCGUGGGAUGGGAUUGGAGAGUCUGAAAGCGCAUGAGUUGUCGUUCCUGCUGAGUGGUUUGUGUGAGAUGGGAACUCGUGUGCCACAGCUUACAAAAUCUGUAAUCGACUCUUUUGGCAAAGUUUUAGACAUUUUCGACGAGAACAUACAACUCAGAAUUCCACCAUUUGAUCCCAACACUGCUUACACAGACCCGACAGACACUACUGAUACACCUGUGGUAUCCGAGUUUCAACUACCUUUCAACGUCGAAUUCCUAGGCAAACGCACGCUUACACAUUAUAACAAAUAUCUGUCCCGUAAUCCCCUCAACACUGUAGACACUGGGGACACAGUAACAGGGGACACUGUGGGAUUAGACACCAGACUGUGUACGAAUUGUUACAUGUCACUGGGUACAGCUUAUUGUUCUGAGUGUUCUGAUUACGUGUGUAACACUUGUGCUAAACACUGUCACGGUGACCGGGUUACCCCUGUGCCUAUGGAGUGUCUAACUCUAUCCCUUACAACCCUGCCCAAAUCACUUGUUUAUGAGGAUUGUACUGUCCACUCGGGUGAUAAGCUUAUGUUUUCCUGUGUUAAUUGUCAUUUCCUACCCCUGUGUCCCCGGUGUAAAGUUGACCAUGACACUGUGCACCGGGUCAUAGUGUUGGAAUUAGCCGUCACCGAGGUGAAGGAAUUUAUCAACGACUGUGUCACUUCGUUGUUGGAGAGGAGUAACUCAAUAGCCCCCGUAGUCCCAGAGCUUAACCAAUUGCUACACAGUUCCAAAAGUUUUAUAUCAUUUUGUAACAGAUCACUACGGUGCGGGUUACAAAGUGUUAACGAUUCUAUCCACAAUAAGCAAUCCGCAUUCCACGGCGAAAUCAACAACCUUCAACUUCUGUCCUCCAACAAUCUCAAUAAACUAUUGAAAUUAAGUAACAAGUAUGAUAAAUAUUUAUUGGGGAAGAUGGACCAGUUGAGACAGUUGAGUGGUAUAAAGGACCCGGGGCUGGGUCUUAAUAUGUUCGUAGAACUAAAGGACACAUAUGAAUCGUUACUAUGGCAUAAUGAAGAUUUACCAGACCUAACACUUGAGAUUCCACACUGGCAAUUGAACACGGGGAAUGUCAAUAAUCUACUCGCAGACACCGAACUCAGGAUUAAUCAUACAAUGGAACUCUUUCUCACACUGUUCCAGUAUAUCAAGGAAGAUUCCACUAGGACUAAGGAGUGUAUUCUCAAUAUUGUUAAACACAAUCCCGUAAGGGGUAGUAAGGAUAGGGUUAGUAGGGAUAGUAGGGAUAGUAAGAAUAGUGUUGGGGAUGUGGGAGAUGUGUUGAGUGAUCGUGUGAUGGGACCUGACACCGUAACGCAAAUGACAGGAGUAUUUUGGAGAAAAGACUACAUUCACCGAAUCGUAUGCAAACGAACCAUUCAACUACACAACCACAAACUCUACGUCCUAUCACAUCACACACUCUCUACUCAGUCUGGUGAUAUUACACACAAUACUCAGUCUGGUGAUAUUACACACACUACUGAUAGUAUACACACUGGUGAUGUGGAAUCGGUGAUAGACUUGGGAUCGGUGUGGGUGAGAGGAUUUGAGGAUGGUGAGUUGUCGGAGUUUUCAAAGUUGGUGCGGGUUGGCGCGCCAAACGGGUUCGAGUUAGUGGAGCAAAGGAGGAACCAGAUGCGCGUCUGGUCAUUCACCAACGAGUCAAGACAUUUAGUCCUCCUGUGGACCUCGAAACUCAAAGUUGCCUCUGCCAAUGCCAGGAAAUUGUUGCACAAAGUUGAUCUCACGCAACUAGGACUAAACAAGGAUUUUGUACUCCCAGUGCCGCCCACCAAGAAUAUUAAUAGUAAUGUAGACAGUGGAAAUAAUAGUGUAAAAAGUGUAAAUAAUAGUGUAAAUAGUGUAAACAGUGGUGUAAAUAGUGUAAAAAGUACUGUGGGAACAAUGGGAAUAGUUGAGAGGGAGUACAAUUUUAAAGAAGUGUCCGAGGCGUUGAAGAAGAUAAAGCAAGAUUCAACGUUACUCUACGACAAGUGCUUUCACACCAACUCACCCAAGUCACACAACACUGUCAACACGGUAAAUAGUGCUGUAAACAACACUUUAAAUAGUAAUAAGAGUGUAAACAGUGUAGAUAAUGAGAAUAGUGUAGAUAGUGUGUUGGUGUGUGGCGGUCGUUAUAGGAUCCCGAGUCCGAGUAGUGUCAAGAGGGAGAGGGCAGUGAAUUUUGAGUCAUUUGAGUCCAAAGGGGUGGAGGUGCCGGAAUUCGAAUUUCAACCACAAAUCACAUCGCCCAAAUCCAUACACAAGUUUUUCCUAUCACAUACUUAAAUUUUUAAUUUUUUUCCAAUAUUA